AUGGCGUCCUCGAGGAUGAUAGAUGCAGACGAAGUCGCCAAGCACAACAAGACGGAUAGCUGCUGGGUCGUUCUUUAUGGAAAAGUGUACGAUGUUACAGGUUUCCUGCCCAGCCAUCCAGGCGGUGCGAAUAUCAUCCUCCAGCUGGCUGGUAAGGAUGCCACUGAGGAAUACGAUCCGAUCCAUCCAACCGGUACUUUGGAGGGCAAUCUUCCCCCAGAAGCCCUGAUAGGCACUGUUGAUGCGAAAUCGCUUGCCAAACUUGCUCCCGAGGCAGUCAAACCAAACAAGACCAGCGAGGGGCUCCCUCAGCUGUCAUCUUUGUUGAACAUGGAUGAUUUCGAACAGGUUGCCUCCAAGCAGCUAACCCAGAAGGCGUGGGCGUAUUACUUCUCCGGGGCUGACGACCUGAUCUCCAAAUCAUUGAAUCAUAGCAUCUAUCAGUCCAUAUUGCUCCGCCCAAGGGUCUUCGUUGAUUGCAAGGAAUGCAGCCUGGCAACCACCAUGUUGGGGCACAAACUUGAUAUCCCUAUUUAUGCUUCUCCCACUGCAAUGGCACGGCUGGCUCACCCAACAGGUGAAGCUGGCAUUGCUGCUGCGUGCGCCAAAUUUGGUGCUAUGCAGAUGAUCUCCAACAACGCCUCCAUGACCCCGGAAGAAAUUGUCAAGGAUGCCCCCGCGGACCAGAUGUUCGGAUGGCAACUAUACGUGCAGAUCGACCGGAAGAAAAGCGAGGCUAUGUUAGCACGCAUUAAGAAGCUUAAAGCCAUCAAGUUCAUUUGCCUGACGCUCGACGCUCCCGUCCCUGGGAAGAGAGAGCUUGAUGAACGUACUAAAUCCAUUGCAGCCACCCCUGCCAUUGCGGAUAUAGUGAAGUCUUCGGGGGGACACGAACUUGCUGGCGGUAGUGGCCUGGGACAGCAGUUAUUCGCGGGCACAGAUCCAUCGUUGACAUGGAAGGACACCCUGCCAUGGCUGCUCAAACAUACGGAUCUUCCCAUCGUCCUCAAGGGCAUUCAGACACAUGAAGAUGCUUAUAUCGCCUCACUACACUCCCCACAAAUCAAGGCUAUCAUCCUCUCAAACCACGGCGGAAGAGCAAUGGACACCGCCCCACCAGCCGUACAUACGUUGAUGGAAAUCCGUAAAUACUGCCCUGAGGUGUUUGACCGGAUUGAGGUCUGGAUCGAUGGUGGAAUCAAGAGGGGUACAGAUGUUGUUAAAGCAUUGUGCCUGGGUGCUAAGGGCGUAGGUGUUGGCAGAAAUGCACUAUUCAGCCUUGCAGCCGGCGGAAUCCCAGGCGUUAAACGGAUGCUUGAGAUCCUCUCAGCCGAGACGAGGACGGCAAUGCGGCUAUUGGGCGUCGAAAGGGUGGAGGAUCUCGGUAUGCAGCAUAUCAACGCCCGAGCUGUCGAACAGCAGCUUUAUGAUGGCGGUUCAGGGCUGGAUGGCUUGAGACGUACUAUGAAAGCCAAAAUAUAA